AUGAAGAAUGUCUGCAAGGAGAUUUUGCGUGGACUCGAUGCAAAAGUGGACUCAUUCUGUGCUACUUAUCUAGAGUACUUCAACAAAGCAGUCGGUGUACUUGGCGUUGUACUUGUAUUUACUGUGUAUAUUAUUACUGUCUUCAUCACGUUCACCUCAUUUGCUAUCAUUUUACCCUAUGAGCAAAUGUACAAGUCUACGCUUUUGGUGGGCUUUAUAAUGUCUUUCGGCGUUUAUCUGCUGGUGAAUAUUGUUUUUCAUUAUGGAAAAGCGAGGAAACUCACACCGAUGCGCAACUCAGGGAAACAAGGUGAUCGAUGGUGCGAGAAAUGUAAUUUCUUCAAAGGCGAGCGUACUCAUCACUGUGCUAUGUGUGACCGAUGCAUAGUUGGUAUGGAUCACCACUGCAUAUGGAUAAAUCAGUGCGUCGGAUCUCAUAACCAUCGACAUUUCUUUUUCUUCAUUUUUUACUUAACAAGCGCUACACUUACUAUUAUUCUAUUCAGCUUUAACACUGCUUAUGAUCAUAUCUUCAUGACAUCAUCAUCUAAGAAUUUCUGCUCAUCGUCACUGCCUUUUGCUCCAUUGCAGCCCUUCAUUUGUUCUCAAGAGGACCUGGCACGAAAUGCUGUGACUUUCUGCUACCUCAUUAGUAUUUUACUGUUUUUAUUUGUUGGAUUUCUCUUUUUGUGGAAUUGUUUUUUGAUUUCCACCGGAUGUACCUAUAUUGACUACAUGAGGAGAAGGAGGAACGGCGAAUCGAUCAAAUGGCGAAUUGCAUUCAAUAAAAAACUGCUUAAUAACUGGAAGAGGUUUCUUGGCCUCCAUCGGAAUCGAUCGUUCUUUCGUCACAUAAUGUUGCCUUGUACACACCCUCCUAUCUAUCCUGAUUCUAGUGAAUCAGUAAUCGGUUUUUACGAUGUUGUAUAA